GGUGGGAAUUCCCCACUCAGAGAUGAUUUCUUCGCGUUCAAAAAAUUUCCAUCAGACUGGUCAAUCAGGUUUCGCUUGAGUGCUCUCGCUCGAAGGCUCGCGCUGAAGGCUGAAACUCAGAGAGGAAUCGGAGAGGAAGAAGGGAAGACCCCUUGUCGUGUGCAUGUUGCUCUCGUUGCUGAAUCGUUACACGUCGCACCCUUGCCCAGCUGGCCCCAAAGAGACGAAGGCUGGCGUUCUCAAAGUGCAGCGCUUGUCAAAGCGAGCCUGAUCACAGUGUUGCCUGCUGGCGUAGUCACAGCCUUGGCCGAAUCACCUCGAAGCGAAGGUUCCCCACGCCGAGCAACGACGAGCAGUCUUCUGUCGGCGACUGGACGCCAAGCGGAUCAUCAUGCAACGUCCCACACAUGGCUCAUGGGCAUUCACACCAUCUCUUCAUGUGUUUUUUCAACUCAAUCACAAGUCUGGAGAAACUCUGUUUUUUCUUCAAACUAGUAGAAGCUAUGAUGAUGUACGAUGUCCUUUGCCUUUCAGCCCUGUCAGGCCUGAAAGAGGGCAGCUCUGUUGAAGCAAGAGCCAAGCGAGCACUCAGCUUUGGAGCACUGCGGUAGAUCCAAACUCGCUUCUUCUAAGCUGCUAGCUGAGCAUCGCAGGAACAAGAUCGUCUUUGAGGUGCAACAUGAGGCGCAACCAGCUGAUCGGAAGUUUGACAAGAGUGUGUCAGCAAACCCUUCCUCCGGGUUUGAUGCAACUUGAUUCACUCGCGAAAACCUUGACUGCAUGGAUUCCCCUCAAAUCACAAGCCCAUCUGGGAUUCGUAUCACACACGCACACGCACGAGACAAGCUUUUCCGCAACUUAGAUAUGCUUAUGGUGAUUAGAGACUUCCGCGUUUGAACCUCCACACUCCACAAGGCAUCUUGGCUAAGACGUGCUUCUCUACCGUCCCUCCCUCUCUUUGCUUUCGGCUUAUAUAGCGGCUUAGCUCAUGAUCAUCAGGUCCAAGAGGGGCAGACGCUCGAAGACUCAACUUACUUUGCCCAUUGGCACAUGCAGCGUCCACGUGCUUGCGCGUUGCGCAUACUCCACACAUUUGCAGAAACACGUCAAGACUUCAAAACGACAUAAAACGAUCACCUUGAGUGUUUGCAUCUCUGAGGUGGAGUUGAGGUACAAACCCAUUGAGCUUUCGUAGGAAUGACAGCUCAGGCAUUGUCGUGGGUUGUGUACCGGAUCACACUUCCCGGAUUGGGGCAAGCCAUUGACAAAGCGCUGAUGGCUGCGAUGGCUUGCCUUUGGGCACUUUCGCUGCGGUGGCUUUCGUGCGAUGAACAGUGCUGACUUGGGAUCUGGCUGGUCUUCAGUGGAUGACUUGCACAUUUCCUCAUGUGGCCAAGAGGAAUGCUGACCCGAGUCGCUCGCUUCUUGGAAUGGGGUUGACAAGGCCAAGGCUGCUCACUCUAUCAUCUCUAUCGCAGCUUUGGAUGACAUUGUGGCACCACGAGAAACACAACUUGGAGGAUCUUAAAGCACUCUAACCCUUGCAUGUUCAGGUGGCUUCUAAAAGACAAGAGCUGUUAGCGGAAUGGAAGAAGCUCAAAAAGAGCAUUGAGCGAUAUGGCGCAACUAAGGCCUCACCACGUGAAGAGGUCAUGAGACAGGAUGCGUGUCGGAAGACCGAUAGGUUGCCCCUCAAUUCGCUGCAGCCGCUGCGCCAGCUUGUGCAAUCCUCUGCGCUGCACGGCCGAUUGGGCCUCUUAGAAGUGCCUCUCGUAAAGGAACUUCUGGAUGUGGAGGUCGAUUGCAGCACUCCUUGUUUGAGGGAACCGAAUGCCGACAGGGAUGGACUGCACACCUCAGUGGAUCCUGUCUUAUGGCUUCGUGACCUCGCUGAGUAUUUUGCGACGACGAGAUCUGGGGUUCCUUGGUGCUUUUCGCCCCCAGAAGAUGAGCAUAGGAGCUGUCAGGGCGAGAUUCGUGGUUUCUGUGACCAGAGACCUAUCGGUCUUUGCAACAACCUCAUCUGUCUGACGGGUGUGUGAUCAGCAUAAACACCAUGAGUCACCUGGUUGUGACUAGAAACUAGAAGUCUGCUGUACUGCUCGCAGCUGUGCGCACAAUCAACCGCACAGCGACACACUUUUGUCGUAUACGCACUGAUCCGGCACAGUGCGACACACCGUGCUGUGCAACGCACCGUGCAACACGCUUCACCCCUUCACAGUUCGGCUUCACCAUGCUUCACCCCUGAAAGCAACCGAUCUCCUCCUUUGGCAAGUCAAAAGACUCAAUCCACUUGGGGCAUCUUGGGGCACUGUUUCAGUCACGCAGCCCUUCGCUCCUGGAAAGCCCCGUUUGCACUAGCGCUUCCAGGAGCGCGUCCUUGCUCCUAGUAGUAAGGCCAGGAGCCCCUAGUAGCGAACAUUGCUGCUAGUAGCGAUGCCAGGAGCUACUAGUAGCUUCCUUCCUUCCUUAGCUGUAAAGCUUCAGACACUUUCUGGAAUCUGGUGGCACAGCGCCAAAAACUCGGAAGGGAGAGCAGACCAAAAUGGCUAGCCAGUGGACUGCUGGCACCAGUGUCCAGCAGCUUUCGUGCCAUGACAUAGCGUACAAGCUUACGGCUUUGUCAGGUUUCAGCCAAGUUUCGACCAUGAGUAAUGCAACUAACCUCCGCCACCACUCACAAAACUCAGUGCUGUGAAUUGUGUUGCUCAGUGGUGCUCAUGCAAGUCCUGUCGAACUCGGUGUCUCCCUCUCCUUUUCUACUGUUUGAUUGUUCCCCGCUCUUUGUUUCUGAUGGAUAUUGAUCCACAAGGGUGCUGGCAGGUUCACAGAAGCUUGUAAGAAGGAACAAAACGUGUAGAAGGAACAAAUCGGCCGAGCACAAAAGGCAAGUGCAGUUCGUGCUUCGCUCAACUCGUAAAUAAGACCCCACCAAGAAGACUUUGACCAAAUGGUCGCCAAGCUAUGAGCCACAAAAGUGAAAUUGACUUUACUCAGGGACACCUGCGUUGCCUUUCCUGAGCCUCUCUUAAGCGGGACGUUGCCGCUCUGCGCGUGGAAACAUAUGUUGCGCGAAAACAAUUGGACAACUGCCUCUCAUGGAAGGAUUGUGGUGCUCAUUGUCCCUCUUGUUCGUUGCCUACGGAGAUUUGUCGAAACGGAAGGCAUGUCAACCUAAGUAAGAUCAUGUGCAUCUAUCCCUUGACAAACUUCAUCAGCUUCAUCCACUUCAUCAAUAUUUGACAAAGAUUCAAAGUCGGUAGAAUUACAACCUCCAGAACAAGUUCAUCAAUGGAGUGACAGACUUGGUAUGAGCCACGUAAGCUUGCAUCAGAUUGAACCAUGCACCACGCGAAUGCUUGGUCACACAACUGGAAAUGACACCUGCUGCACAUAUGCAAAGAGCAGUGGCUCAAGAGCAAUGGCUCUUCACGAGUAGCUUCUUCGCAACAAGUUCGAGAUUUUCACUACUGCAAAUGUCAAGUUCCUCUGACAAGGUAAGUGUUGUGAGUGAUGAGAUGGAAAAUGGGCAAGACAGGAACGGUUAUAUUUAAGACAGGAACACUUGGACUGGGCGCAGAGACCAACGAGAAGUUUCGGCGACCCGGUCUACAGGUACGAAACGAAGCGACAGCCGUGGAAACAGGUUUGGCCCCUUGUUGGCUCUAUGCUUUGGUUUGCGAAUUGAAAGCGCUAGCUCAGUGGAACUGACACAUACUGUGAGCCGAUGGCAGCGAAGAAAACGAAGGGUCUGUCGCCCGCUGGCAGCUACAGGGGCAUCUUCGUUCAUGUCGCCUGCACGAUGAGAAGCUGAUGUAAGAUGUCUGCCACAACAACUUCGAAACAGCUCUGUUGCAUGAAAGCUGUUCCGUUUCGUCAAUGAGCAAAGCCGGACCUUGGCUGUGAUAAUGCUGUGAUCGGUUCUUGCAUCCUUGCAGACUUGGGGACAAAAAGACAACUGGAACCUCGAUUUGAUAUCAGUUCCAUUUGGAUGGAAACUGGCAUGCAGCUUGAAGAUCUUAAAGCAGCUCGACGACACAGCAAACUUGCAAAAACACACGCUGCGACAUCUUCAGCACAAGCUCUACCACUUAGCGGCCACUUGUGAGCCCAAAGUGGCAGCAUUGGAUUAGCUUUGGGUAGCUGCCGCAACGCGGGGUCGCAACCACGUGCCCCACGUCGGAGAGUGGGUCGUCGCUGUCGAUUUGCUCAAGAUCAAGUGCAAUCCCGCCGUUGGGCAACGAACGUUGUGUUCUGAAGAGACACAGUUCAACUCCCGCCGCUCCUCUUAGGCGCCUGGUCACCUACGCAGCAGCUAAUACUCAGCUAUGGAUGCCUCGGGUAUGCUAAGUAGCCAUUGUCUGGCUCCAGAUCGCCCAUGGACUUAUCUCUCGAGGGUCAAUCUGGGAUCCUCGAUGCCCGGAUCGGAUGAAGCACAUCGCGCGACUUACCCACCCAGCACGGCACGGAAACGACCA